AUGCGGUGGAGGCGUGGGUGGAGGAGAGAGUGGAAUGAUUAUGGGAGGAACCUGUGUUUGGAUGGGGAGGAGUGUGGGCAUUAUAGGCAGGUGUGUGGGCUGAGACGGUUAGGGUUGGUGUGGAGUGUGGCUGCAGGGUGGGAGGGAGUUUUUAUGGUGGUAGUUAUUGCUACCGAUAAUAUGAUUGGAGAGAGCCUUACUAGCUCCUCCUCCCCCACGCCAGCCUCCCCCCGAACCCCCGCCGGGCCUCACAUUGUGCCCGACCGACGCGGUCCCGGCCCCCAGCCACCUUCGCCGCCCAAGUUCCUCGCGAGCAUCCCCGCCGUCACCGUCACCGAGUUCCACAUCUCUGGCCUCAGCCUCGUCGUCAACCCCAGGCCCUUCCCCCGCGGUCGCAUCUCCUUCUUCUACUGCUCCAGCUUCCGUGACUCCACCGCCGUCCGCUCCUUAGCUAAAGAGGAAGGACUGGACGACCAUUGCUUGGAGAUAGUGGAGAUUGCUGCUCUUCUUCAUGACAUUGGAGUCUACAAGUAUACCAAAGACUUGGUUGAGGAUACAUCAAUCCUGGAGAAGUUUCUCAAGGAAGAGGGAUUGGAAGAUAGCAAACGAGAGAAAAUAUUGAGCAUCAUAAAAGGAAUGGCAAAGUUACUAUCCCACCCUCUUCCUCCGCCUGAAGUCCCUCCCCUUCACCGAGAUCAGCCUCGACGUCUUCCCCGAUAGUGAUCUCCUUUUUCUCAACUCGUGAUGCUAAAUUGGGCCAAAAACUACAGUAAGCAUCUUUGUUAUUAAUUUCUUGUGCUUUCUUGUGUUUUAAUUGUCAUCCAGUCAUAACAAAGGUAUAGUUAUUUGAUUGUUUCAGUGAGAAAUAAUUUACAAAUCAUAUCAAAUUAUGAUAAAAAUAGUCU